AUGGACAGUGUCUGUGACGUCAGGGAAAGCCGGGCCUAUAAAUUCGACCAACGGCCUUCAACGGCCUCACUGUUCUUCUUGGGCUGCGCUAUGGAGAAUGGUGGCUCUACCGUGUCUGCACCAUCCUCUGACAGCCAUGAGGAAGACGUGAUCACCAUAGAAACCAGCACCUCCGAAACUGAGCCCUCUGAAAUGGAGAUGGCGAAAGCAGAGACCUCCAAACCAGAGCCGUAUGAUGCGGAACCAAGAAAGGCGAAGCAGAAGACAGCUAAGGGCCGCCGUUGCCGUCGCCGCCGCUGCCGUCAGGGGGUGCUGAAGCAAGUACAUACAGGCCUGAGUCUUUCCCGUGAGUCCGUGAACGUCCUGGAUUCGUUUGUGAAAGAUAUGUUCGAGCGGAUUGCCGAAGAGGCCGGGCGCCUGGCCCACAGCAACAAGCGCUGCACCAUCAUGACCGAAGACAUCCAGACAUCUGUGCGUCUUCUGUUGCCUGGGGAGCUCCGGCAA